AUGGCUCAGAACGCACUGAAGAAAUCCCCACUUGAUGAGGCGGGGACCCCUCAAAGCCAUGAAAGCGAGGACCUCCAAGGAGACGAGGGCCUCCCUACAGUAAUCGUGAGAGGCCCAAGGCAGCUUCCCCUAGUGGGGGCUACACCUGCACCCGCUGAGGGUGCAGGCGUGCCGUUAGAACAUCACUCAGAGGAGGCGAGAGAGGCUCCUAGGGAAAAGAAGCCAUCCGGAGGGUGCUGCUGCGGCAGCUGUGGCUCCGGUGUGGGCACCCCUCCUUGCCAAGAUACUGUCCCAUCCUUGGAAGGCGAGGCAAGGCCUCGAAACUGCAAUUUAGCUCUCAGAGAAGCUGCCCCUCUAGCUGACUGCGUCGGCAAAGACUCCCGCAGCGGCAGCAGCAACGGAGACACGCCCUCCCUACUAAAACGAGCUCAGGAGCGCCCCCUCUUCUGUAGCGUGGGUGUCCACAGCCUGACACCCAACAAGCCAGCCGCGCGAAAACGCACUUCGUCGGGACAACGCCCUCGGCAACAACAGCAGCGAGAGCAGCAUCUGCUACAGAUGAGUGACGUCGCUGCCGGCGAUUCACAGCGCGAGGGAGAUGAAGCGCGCAACGGGGCUCGGUGUGCGGCUUGUGGGACUCUGAAGGUGAGGGCCCCCAUUGGGUUCAAUUUUAUGCAAAACCCGGCGCCUUCAUGGGGCCAGCUUCGCAUGGCAACGUGUGCUGAGGCACCUGAGGCUGAAGCGGCAGCAACCCCCGGAGCCAGUGUCCCGCUUGGCACCAGUGGGCCUCACCGGAAGCAACUGAGUGCUGAGGACUGCCCGUGGACACUGCCUGUCGGGGGCCCCACGGGGGGUGGAUCUUAUCAUCUGGUGAGACAACAGCAGCAGCAGCCAAGGCAGGGGGAGUUUGUGGCUGGCAGCUUGCAGUGGGGCCAACCCACGUCGUUUUGGCUCGUCGAGUCGGUGAAGGAUGAGGGGGUGGAGAGAGAAUUUAGGCGCCUCUUCAGGAUCAAUUCGCCAGAUUCCCGCAUCGCUCUGUCAUCUUUUCGACUUAUAGUGACAUUCAUGGUGGUGCUGGCGGCGCUCAAGUAUGGGACAGCCUUUAUCUGCUUCUUCUGCGCUGACCUCUUGAUCUGGGGUUUCUUUUCAUGUGAGGCUGCUUUACGCGCCCGUGCUAUGGGGCUGAAGCGUUUCUUCCGAGACCGGCAGUUUCUGUUUGACACCUUCUUGCAGUUGGUGGGACUCUCUGCUAUCUUUCUCCGUAUCUGCAUCCUUGUGAACGUCGGCGGCCUGGGGACGCGCGUGUUUGACCCGGAUUCGCAACAAUGGAAAACGGGCAUUGCGAACGAUUUCAUUAUUGGAGAUGUGCAGAUUGCACUCGUGUAUUCUACUAAUUAUGAUUCUGUUUAUUAG